GACAUUUAAAAAUGUUUUAAUGCUACUUUAUUGUGCUUUAAUAAAGUUAUCUACAGUUCUUUGUGACUUAGCAUUAACUACCACAAAGUUGAUAAAUAAUCAUAAUGUUGUCUGUUUGUUAGUGUCCUAUUCCCUUUCUCUGAACUUACAAUGGUGACCCAUUUUACUUGUCUCCUUGACAAUAUUGAAUGUUUCUCCAUCCAUGUUUGCAUAUGUUUGCAGUGUGAAGAGGAUAUAACAUAUGCUAUCGUUACAACUGGACUCCAAUUUAAUAUACAUGGAAAGAAUAAUCAAGCUUAUCCAUGCAGUAAAUGUGGCCGAGUGUAUCAGAAUAAAAGCACCUUAAAUCGUCACUUAAAGUUUGAGUGUGGACAGUUGCCUCAAUUUGCAUGCCCAUUUUGUGAACAUAAAUCAAAACGCAAGUAUGAUCUAUUUUCGCAUGUCCGUUUACUGCACGAUGGAAAUUGGACCUGUUAAUACUUUUCAUUUCAAAGAUAUUGUUAUUGAAUAACUUGAGACAAUGUCACAAUAAAGUAUGAGAUGUUCCCGCUGA